CACAGGAGAAUGGCUGCCGAAAAUCACUCUACAGUGACCGAGUUUAUUCUCAAGGGCUUGACAAAUCGGCCAGAGCUCCAGCUCCCUCUCUUCCUCCUCUUCCUUGGGAUCUACUUGGUCACCAUCAUAGGGAACCUGGGCAUGUUCACACUGAUUUGUCUGAAUGCUCAGCUUCACACCCCCAUGUACUACUUCCUCAGCAAUCUGUCACUUGUGGAUCUCUGCUACUCCUCUGUCAUUACCCCUAAAAUGCUGGUGAACUUUGUGUCAGAGAAGAACAUCAUCUCCUAUGCAGGCUGCAUGUCCCAGCUCUACUUCUUCGUUGUGUUUGUAGUUGCAGAGUGUUACAUGCUGACAGUGAUGGCCUAUGACCGCUGUGUUGCCAUCUAUACUCCUUUGCUCUACAAUGUCAUCAUGUCUCAUCAAGUGUGCUCCCUGCUAGUGGCUGUGGUCUAUGCCAUGGCGUUUAUUGGGGCAACAAUAGAUACUGGCCUCAUGUUAAAACUGUCCUACUGUGAGCUCCUCAUCAAUCAUUACUUCUGUGACAUCGUGCCCCUCAUGAAGCUCUCCUGCUCCAGCACCUAUCAUAUUGAGAUGACAGUCUUCUUUUUGGCGGGAUUCAACAUCGUCGUCACCAGCUUAACAGUCCUUGUUUCCUACAUCUUCAUCCUCUCCAGCAUCUUCCACAUCAGCACCACGGAGGGCAGGUCCAAAGCCUUCAGCACCUGCAGCUCUCACCUCGCAGCUGUGGGAAUGUUCUAUGGAUCUACUGCGUUCAUAUACUUAAAACCCUCCACGGCCAGCUCUGUGGCCAAGGAGAAUGUGGCCUCCGUGUUCUACACCACAGUGAUCCCCAUGCUGAACCCCCUGAUCUACAGCUUGAGGAAUAAGGAGGUAAAGGCUGCCAUGCAGAAAACACUGAGGAGAAAAAUGUUUUGA